AUGUUUACAACAAUUAGUCGUACGAUAUUUCCGAUAAUUUUCGGUCGUCGUCACCCGGAAAAGUUGAGUGAUGGAACAACAACGCCCUUGCAACUUAUUCGUUUACAAAUCGAACAAAAAGUCAAUGCAAAUUUUCCGCUCAUUCAUCAGGUGGCAACAACAAUGACUUUCAAAAAUACACACAAUAUCGUUUUGGAAGGUGCAUUUGAAUUUACCUUACCAGAAAACGCAACCAUAUGUAGUUAUGGCCUCGACGUAGAUGGUGUUAUUGUAGAUGGAGUCAUUGUUGAGAAACAAGCUGCGAGGAUUAUUUUCGAGAAAGAAGUUCGAAAACGAAUCGAUCCCGGCUUUGUGGAGCUAGUGACAGGAAAUGUAUUUCGUACUCGAGUAUAUCCAAUUAAUCCUCAACAAACUCGAACAGUUCGUGUUAUCUAUCAAGAUCAAGGUCUUCCGAAUAUGAACGAUUUCCAUUAUCACAUACCUCUACAGUUUCAAACCACUUUGGAAAGUCUUGAUAUUGUUCUGACAUGUUUCGGACAAGGAUCAGCAGAACCAUAUGUUCUUACCAAUCCGAAUCAUAUGAUGUUAAACUCUUCUAAAUUCAGUCAUCAAGGCGAUGGAAAACACGUUGCCGAGUGGCAUCUAACCAAUGUUCAACCAUCUGGUAAUGGUGAACAAACAUUGGUAUACGUUUUGCCUAAUUCUCUAAAAUCAAUUAUCAGUGCAGUAGAAGGAAGUUUGAACCUCGAUACCUAUUUUGCUGUUAGUUGUACACUGCCAAAGCCAACUGAGCGGCGUAAAGACCAACUCGAUAUUCCGACCAAAACGAUUUGUCUUCUUUGGGAUGCAAGUUUAAGUCGGUCAAAUUCGAAAGAAAGUCGACUCUUGGAAUUGUACGCAUUGAAGAAGACCUUCGAUGUUUGGUUAAGUCGCCUUCCUCGAAUUGAGAUCAUUUGGAUCAUUUUUCGAAACGAUAUGGAACAACCGGAAUCGUAUCAACUUCAAUUUCAUAACUGGAAUCACUUUAUGCAAACUUUCGAAAACUUACCAUACGACGGUGCCACAAAUCUCUCGCAAAUUUCAACAGUUAAUCUUACUCAGACGGUAGACUACUACUUUUUAUUUAGUGAUUGUAUCUCUACUAUCGGGGAUGAAUCUUCAUUUGAACAUCGAUGGGCGAAUUUGAAAGCGCCUAUUUGGAUCUUUAAUGGGAAUCAACCGCAUGAACCAUAUGGUGUUGAUUUCGUUCGUUAUUUAACACAAUAUCAUUCUCACGGUGGUGGCUACUUUAACCGAGAUAAACUACUAUUAAAUUCCAAUGAUUUGGUCAAUAUCAUCGAAACUAUUCAAAUCAAAUAUGUUAAACUUCAUUCUAAAACUACGGUACAGCAAAUAUAUCCAAGUGAUUCAAUAAAUAUCUCUUUCGAUACGGAUCGAUUUCUUCUUGUUGGGCAACUUCCAAAACCAUUGCUGAAUUCACUUGAAUUUGAACUUGAAUUUGCCAUGAACAAUCAAACAACCCGUUUGCCUAUUUCUCUCGAUAUGUCCACAGAUCAAUUGAAUUUCUUUGGGCUUAUCCGCCGACUAUGGGCACAACAAAAGCUAAAUCAAUUAAACGUAUUUAAAGAUAAAUAUCGCACGGAGAUAUUGUCAAUUGGAAUGGAUUACUCCUUAGUUACUCAGUUCACUUCCUUGUUAGUUCUUGAGACAUUGCAGCAACAUCUCCAAUAUCAUGUAUGUCCAGCAAAAACACGUACAGUUCUCUAUAACGAAUACAUGCAACAUCAAACUAAAGAAAGUCAACAGAAGGAAAACAAUCAAGCGAAUGUACUUCAACAAUGGAAUACAAAAUGCCAAUGGUUUGAUCGAGCUAUCACCGAUGCCGAUCGACACCGAGCUUACUUACGAAAAUCUAUACAUAUGCCAAUUACUAAUGAAGCUCCUAAGGAACGAUUGCAAGGAACGUAUUUCGCCUUCGGUUCUCCUAAUUUACACUCUUCAAUAGUUAACCAGUUCAGUUUGCCUCCCACUCAAAGUAAUUCAUAUAUUUCAAGCUCUUUCGCUGUUCCAUCGUUCUCGUCAACAUCUGCUUUUGGAAGCAUACAAAAUCAAUCGAAUUCUGCAAAUUCUUCCAAUAAUCCUUUAGUAACAGACGAAUCGACAACAAUAAUUAGUCUUCCCGAUUAUAAUUCACAAUCAUCUUCUGUGACACGCCUAUCCUCAGCAAGUGAUAGACAGAGUGCAUAUUUAAUCUAUCUCAACGAACGAGCAUCACAUCGUCAACCGCCAUCGUUCUAUUUCGAUAUGGCCUCGUUUUUUCUCUCGCCUACGUCAUCUUCAUCGACCCUGGAUCAGUUCAAUCAACAGCAAGAACCAACCGUUCAAAAACUAGACGCGAAGUCACUUGAAUAUGGCUUGCGCAUUUUAACAAAUGUUUUAGAAUUAGAAUUCGAAGCGCCACAAUUAUAUCGAAUGGUUGGAUAUAAACUAAUCGAAUUAAAACAAUGGAAUCUUGCACUGCAAAUCUUUCAAAAGGUUUAUUCGCUACGUCCAGAUGAACCGCAUGCGUUGUAUGAUUUGGGUACAGUUUCGAUUGAGCUAGGCCAGUACGAGCAAGCAUAUCAAUAUUUCAAACAAAUCCUUACUCAAACAUGGGACGCACGAUUUCGAACGAUACUCGUCGUGGUUCUGUCAGAUCUCAAUCGAUUACUAGUUCUAAUGAACCGAACUACAGGCACGGAUAUUGAUUUUCGUCUUGUCCGUCAUUUACCUACAGAUAUUCGAAUUGUCGUUCAAUGGGAUACAGCUGACACAGUUAUUCAACUUUCUGUUGAAGAACCAACUGGACAAAUUUGUAGCAAUCAUUCUGGCUCAUCACAAACGGAUAUUGGCGGUUCGAUCGUUAAUUCACCAUUUGAAGUUGAACAACCAAUUGAAUAUCUACUGCGUACAGCAAUCACUGGUAGAUACUCGAUUCGUUUGACGUAUGUUAGUAAUGCUCAACAUACCUUAACUGGUGUAACAACCGUUCUAGUAACGAUAUAUAAGCAUUUCGGUUCGAUCAAUGAAGAAAAACAAACUCGAACACUGCGACUAACCAGCUUGAAUCAAACAAUUGAUGUUGGCUAUUUAGAAUUCAGUGAUAUGAGCUUAGAAAAACUUAAAGAAGAAUUAGCCGCAGCCAGAGAUGAAUGUCGUCGCCUUCAAGAUCGGUUAAUUACUAGUAGAAAUCACUCGUCGAUUCAACAUCUGAACAUUACAUGUGACGGCUGUUCGAAAACGCCCAUUGUUGGUGAUCGUUACAAAUGUCUCUUUUGUCCGAAUGUUGACUUCUGUGGCAAUUGCCAAUCCUCUGCGAAUCAUCAACAUGAUUCGACACAUCCAUUCAUAUGCAUUCGGGAUUCAACUAUCUAUGCGUCAUCUAUUUACGCUCAAAAUAUGAGUCAACUUGUACAUGUGAAUGCACAAUGCGAGUCAUGUUCUGUUUUGCCCAUUACUGGAAUACGUUAUCAUUGUGUACACUGUCAAAUCAAUGUGUGUGAAAAAUGCGAAUUUUUGGGGUUACAUAACCUGACGCAUCACCGUUUGAAAAUCAUUUAUCCACAAUGA